AUGGUCGCUCGGGUUCAGCAUCGAUGGAGGGAGGAGGCUCGAGAGGAAGACUAUCCGCAGCUCACCCAAACCCGGGUCAUCAACUUUGCAACGACCAUGACCCCUAUCUUGACCCAUCUCUCUCAGAACCCAUUUGAGCGUAUCUUCUCUGGCGGCAGUAAGCGAAUGACAAUGGCUCGUGUGGAGAGAGCGCUGCGCCGCAAUAUGAUCGAGUAUUCGUUCCAUGAAACUUUUGAGGAUCUCUAG